AUGGCGUUAAACGGUGCCGGAAGCUCUAUGGCGUUCGCCAUCGCACCCGCCACUGCCAUCCGCCCGAGCGUUCCUGCGCAGGCGGAGACCAAGACAGCACCGGGCAAGAUCUCGCAAAGCUCCCUUCCUGUUGCUUGCGCUGGCCUCAUGGUCCCCGUGCUGGGCUCUGUUCGAAGAGGAAAGAAGUCCAAGACGGCCAUGAAGGAUGCGACCUAUGCCUUCCAGAAGGAUGCCUAUGCCGACUUGGAGUUCACCAACGAUGUCGGCUACCUGCCGGAUGGCACCCCGCUUAACAAAGCGGGCAACGCCGUGAACCACCCGGAGACGAUCGGCGCGGACAAGCACGUUGCUGGAUCUCCGCUUCCCCGUGCCAAGUUCGUGAACUCGGUGGGGUACCUCCCAGACGGCACUCCUAUGAACGCAGCUGGCAAUGCCAUCAACCACCCAGAGACGAUGCAGCCGGACCCUCACAUGGCCGGCUCGCCCUUGCCACCUUCAUCGUAUGCUGCCGAUGUGGGCUACUUGGUCGAUGGUACUCCUUUGGACACCGCCGGCAACAACUCCGUCAAGGGUGCGCCUGCCACCCCGCCACCUGCAGCUGCAGCCGCAUUCGUGGGCUCCAGUGCUCCGGCUGCACCCAUGGCUGCAUCGGCACCCGCUCCGGCAGCAGCCCCAACCAGCCCGGGAACCGCCAUGCACGGCC